UAAUUAAUAUAAACAUUAGAGUAAAAAAGAUAACAGAUUUAAUCCUCUAACAUAGGUUCUUCCAAAAAAUUAAACUUAAUAUUUGAUUUAAUCAUUAGUCGCAUAACUUUGGUCAUAUUUCCUGUUUCGUGUCUGAGACAUUUUAGUCCUUUUCCCUGCCUAGACCUGACAGCUUGUGCAUACACAGUGAAGAUGGCGCCGUUGGGAGAAGCUGGGCUGCACUGUACUGAGGGAGAGUGAGAGAAGACGGCUGACGGCGGGAGGGAAAGUGAGACAGGACUCGAAACUGCGAGAACCUCGGGGGGCAAGAACGCUGCAUUCGUCGGCGCUCCCACAAGGUGGAAGGUGUGUAGUGAACCUCAACUCCGAUCUUGUCAUCCAGUUAAAUUGAAGAUCGAACGGCCCGUUAACCCAUCCGAAUGGAGCGCACCUUCUGUGCUCCUCAAGCUUGAUGCUUCUCUGUCUGUGGGAGCUUUAGCCCAGUCACCAUGGCCGAAGAAAAGAGGCAGAAGCUUAUCAACACCCUCCUCCCCACAGAAUCAAUGAAGGUGAUAGGGGAAUCGAUUGGAUUGUCUCAGAUGCAGGAGGAGACAUGUCAAGUUCUGAGUGAGGAAGCCAGUUACAGAAUAAAGGAGAUUGCUCAGGAUGCCCUAAAAUUCAUGCAUCAUGGGAAGAGGCGGAAACUGAUGACAAGUGACAUUGACUAUGCAUUGAAGUUGAAGAAUGUUGAGCCCCUAUACGGGUUUCAUGCCCAGGAAUUUAUCCCCUUCCGCUUUGCUAGUGGAGGAGGUAGAGAGCUAUAUUUUUAUGAAGAAAAAGAGCUGGAGCUAAGUGACAUUAUCAACACUCCACUGCCUCGGGUACCACUGGAUGUAUCGCUGAAAGCGCAUUGGCUUAGCAUUGAAGGUAUCCAGCCUGCCAUUCCAGAAAAUCCACCUCCAGCUUCAAAGGAACAACAGAAAACUGAGUCAACAGAGCCACUUAAAGCUGUGAAACCUGGACAGGAGGAGGUUCAAAUGCAUAGCAAAGGACAGGGGACAGCAGUCACUGAUGCAAAGGGCAAAGACCAGAAAAAGCUGAUAGAGGGCAGUGCAAUGAAGUUGAAACCUCGUAGUACCCAUGAACUGUCUGUUGAACAACAGCUAUACUACAAAGAGAUCACUGAAGCCUGUGUUGGUUCCUGUGAAGCUAAACGAGCUGAAGCUUUGCAGAGUAUUGCCACUGAUCCUGGUCUGUACCAGAUGCUGCCUCGCUUCAGCACAUUUAUCUCUGAAGGGGUACGAGUAAACGUUGUUCAGAAUAACUUAGCCUUGCUGAUAUACCUGAUGAGGAUGGUCAAAGCUCUGAUGGACAACCCAACUCUGUAUCUUGAAAAAUAUCUUCAUGAGCUCAUUCCUGCUGUUGUCACCUGCAUUGUUAGUCGACAGCUUUGUCUACGACCAGAUGUGGACAACCACUGGGCUUUGAGAGAUUUUGCAGCUAGACUGAUGGCACAGACAUGCAAGACAUUCAGCACAACAACUAACAACAUUCAGUCUAGGAUUACUAAAACCUUCACUAAGAGUUGGCUAGAUGAAAAGACUCAAUGGACAACACGAUAUGGUUGUAUUGCAGGGCUGGCUGAGCUGGGGCCUGAUGUUAUAAAAACUCUCAUUAUCCCCCGGCUACAAAUAGAAGGUGCUCGAAUUAAAGCAGUACAUGAAGGGCCAGUUGUGAGCAACAUUGACAAGAUUGGAGCCGACCAUGUGCAGAGUCUUUUGCUUAAACAUUGUGCACCGGUGAUAGCCAAGCUGAGAUCACCCCCAGACAACCAGGAGCAGUAUCGGGCAGACUAUGGAUACUUGGGCCCAAUGCUUUGCACUCAUGUGGUCAAAGCCCGUUCACAAGCAGCUAUCCAAGCUCAACAAGUCAACAGGACCACUCUGACGAUAACACAGCCAAGACCCACUUUGACUUUGUCUCAAGGUGGUCAGCCUUCCAGUACCUCAAGGACUCCUAGCAUCAUCAAAAUGCCAAACUCCAUCACUCUACCCAUGCAGACACUUGUCUCUGCUAGACCUUCAACUUCUACCCAGCCAUCUCCCCCACCUACCAAGUUUAUUGUGAUGUCAUCAAGUUCGGGUAGUUCAUCCUCCCAGCAGGUUAUCACGUUAAGCAGUGCGCAGUCUGCACCAACCAGCACAUCCCCUGUAACCACAACAGUGCCCAGUCUACAGCCGCUUGUCAAACUGGAGCCUGGAGGGUCACAAGGAACUGGAAAUGCUGUGACAGUAGGGAGUGGUGUCUCCCGCACAGUACAAAAAUACAUUGUUGUUUCUUUGCCAUCUGCUGCUGAUAGCAAAUCUCAGAACACAAUGGGUCAACACCAGCUGUCGCCAUCAUCCAGUGCUGCACUGGAGGCAAAUGCUGUGGGAUCUUUGAACAAUGCAGUCACAGUCAAGCUGGAAAGACCAGAAAGCCCAAGCAAUGGAAACCAGUCUCCACAGCCUUCUCAUUGACAUGCGGACAUUGAUUUUGAGUAGAGGGCUAAUGUGACUUCCUUAAAGCAUCAAAACUUUGCAUUCUAUUUCUCGCUUUUUUUUUUUUAUUAAAGUAUGCUGUGUUUUUAUUUGCCUUGCUUCUUUCUACCUCCUGCAUGAAUAUGACAAAUGGCUUAACAUGAUGUUUUAAAGUAUAAAGGCUCCAGCUCCCAGUUAUAAUAGAACAGAAAAUGCUUAUUGAGAAGGUGGUUGAUAUGUUGAGCACCAGUAACUAAAUUAAUACAAGACCAGCACUGUCAACAAUGUGUUUUUUUGGAAGUGGGCAUGUGCUGUAUGUGAGUUAAAGAGUUUAAGUACUAUGAUGUCUAUUUAUUAACUUCCCAGAUUUCAAUGAGUUGGAAAUUUGAAUGAAUCUUUAGUCAAGUGCAAAGGUAUAGGCAUUUGCUUCCAUAAUUUAGUUCAAAUUCAGUCUAAUCUGGAGGUUGUGUUGCUUGAACAAACAACUUAACUAAUAUAUGCCUUCAGGUUGGAUUUAACAUUCUGAAAAAUCAAAGGAAAUUAUUUGACCACAAGAAAAGGUAAGGAUGACAAAACUGUUUCAGUCCUGGUAAGAAGAAAAAUG